AUGAACCUGAUGAAGAAACACGGGGUGAAGCCCGAGAUAAGUAUCUACAAUGUGGGGAUAAAGAGCCUGUGCAAGCUCGGGAGAUCGGACGAGGGCAGGGCAUUGCUGGGUGGGAUCGUGUCCAAGGGGAUAAAGCCUAAUCGUGCCACUUACAUGAACUUGAUUUACGGGUUCUGUCGGGAAGGUAAAUUGGAAGUGGCAAAGGGCUUGUUUGGGGAGAUGGUCGGGAAAGGUUUGGAACUGGAGCCCGUUUGCUAUUUCAUGCUCGUGUUUUUCAUGGUCAAAUGGGGUGAUUUUGAGGCGGCUCGGGAUGUGUGCAGGGAGUGCAUGGCAAAGGGUUGGGUGCCGGACAUGACGACUGGGAAGCUGCUUGUCUCCGGGCUUGUGGGGAUCAGGAAAGUGGACGAUGCCAGGGAGAUUAUUCGGCAUGUGAAGGAGGAUUUCCAGAGGAAAAGAGAUAAGUGGAGAUGGCUUGCGUAUGUUACAGGAGUUAGAGAACCCGACCCGGCCCGCAUCCCCCACAUCUUCCACUCCACCUCCCUCACCCCCGCGUCGCAAUUCCACCGCCUCGUCUACACCAAAGCCAUCUCCAAACUCAGGGACUCCAACGACCCCGACUCUAUCCGGAUCCUGCUCCGUGACUCCAUGGAGCGCCUCAGCACCCGCAAAUCCGAGCACCUGAUUUCGCAAUUCAUCGUCCUCUACGGCCGGGGCGGCCUGGUCGGAGACGCCGUCGACCUGUUUGACCAGAUGCCGGCCAUGGGCGUGAACCGCAACGUGAAGACUCUCAACUCGUUGCUCUAUUCCUGCUUCCUGGCCCGCGAUUAUACCGAGAUGGCAAGGAUUUUUCGAGAUUUUCCCCGAAAAUACGGGCUGGAGCCGGAUCUGGAUACGUAUAACUCCGUCCUCAAGGGUUUUUGCGACGGGGGCCGUUCGAGUGAGGCCCACGCCAUACUGGCCCAGAUGGAGGGUAAAAACGUAAAACCGAAUUUGACCACGUUCGCCACUGUAAUCGCCGGUUUUUACAUGGAGGAGAAGAAUGACGAAGUGGGGAAGAUUAUGAACCUCAUGAAGAAACACGGGUUGAAGCCCGGGAUUAGUAUCUACAACGUGAGGAUAAAGAGCCUUUGCAAGCUCGGGAGAUCUGACGAGGCCAGAGCAUUGCUGGGUGGGAUUGUGUCCAAAGGGAUAAAGCCCAAUCGUGCGACUUACGGGAACUUGAUUUACGGGUUUUGUCGGGAAGGUAAAUUGGAAGUGGCUAAGGGCUUGUUUGGGGAGAUGGUGGGGAAAGAUUUGGAGCCGGAGCCCGUUUGCUAUUUCACGCUCGUGUUUUUCAUGUGCAAAGGGGGUGACUUUGAGGCGGCUUUGGAUGUGUGCAGGGAGGUUAUGGGGAAGGGAUGGGUGCCGAACAUGACGACCAUGAAGUUGCUUGUUGAUGGGCUUGUGGGGAUGGGGAAAGUGGACGAGGCUAGGGAGAUUAUUGGGCUUGUGAAGGAGAAGUUUCAGAGGAAUAGUGAUAAGUGGAGUGAGGUUGAGGAUGGCUUGCCUAAGUUAUAG